CCGAUAUGGCCUGGCCUGGCUGGUGGAAGCCCGAUUGGGACGCCGAAGAGAUGGGGACGUGGGAAGAGGGCCUAGAUGAGAUCGAGAACUUCGACUGGAGCACCGAGAUCGACAACAUCCAGUGGGAGAUAGACAAGGGCACUGAAGGCCUUCGCAAGGAGGACACGGCAACGCUGCAGUCUGGCAUCCCUCCACAGGCUGAAGGACCGGACGCUUCGAAUGAGGCCGCGUCCCCUAUGCUCGUCGACGAGCCUCCGGAUCUGGCCUCAUUGCGCAUCACGGCUGCGCACCCAGUGAUCGCUGUCAGGCCCCCCAGCGCUGAGCCAACUCGGCAGGACGACGAUGUCAUGAGCGACAUCGUGCAGACCGAAACCGUCCAAGAAGAGAAGGGCGUGGAGGACCCCGGCACCGCAACCCUACCGUCAAACGCGCGCCCAAAGUAUGACAAAAUGACCGUCGCGGAGCUGAGAAAGGUUGCCAAAGAGCGCGGUAUCGUGACCACCACGAGGGUGCUCAAGGCGACUGUGAUCGAUAUGUUGGUCAAAGGGGACGCUGAGGGGGACGACGAGGCCUCAGAGACUGCCACCCCGAGUGGAUCGCGUUACGCUUCUGUCCCUUCUACGCCUAAAUCGGCCAGUAAGCUCAAGAGGGCCGCGCCGCGUACGCCAAAGAACCGAAGUAGCAACAAGAAGAACGACAGGGAUUACCGCCCGGAAGGCUCGGCGUCUGAUGCUUCGGACGGCAAGCCCAAGAAGAAGAAGAGAAAGACCGGGAGCGUGAAGAAGACCACGCCUAGGUCAAAUAGUGCGAAGAAGGCUGCGAAGGGUGAAGGGAUUGCGCAGUACGACGGCGCUGGAGACCUGACUGCAGAGACUGAGGCUUUGCCAAUGGUGAUAGCCGUCCAGGGGACUCCUGACACGGUCGAGAGCGAGCAGGACUACGACUCUGAUUCUGAUUCUGGUUCCGGUCCCAAUCCCGCCCACGGCUCCGACGUCCCCAUGACCAGCGUCGAGAGUCCCCUAGACGAAGCACCCACGAACGCCGACCUCCCAAUCACCACCAUCGAAAACCCCACGGACCACAACCCCAUCCACCAAGCCCCCACAGCCUCCGCUCCCCGAUCUCUCCAGCCCAAGCAGGAAUCCCCCACCCCCUCCUUCACGCCAGCCCCCUCCGCCGCACUCGCUGCCACCACCCCGGGCCCCAACCUCCACCUCUUCGACUGGUUCCACCGCACCGACUCCGCCGCUCCGCGCGCCAGCAGCAGCAGCAGCAGCAGCGCUCCACCCCCCGCCGCCCCUGCUGAAGCGCCCCCGGACCCCGCCUCCCCAACCGCCUCCUCCGACUCCGACGAGCCCCUCGACCUGGUCGACGCCGGCGCACGCCCCUCGACGCCGGCUCUCGAUACCGGGCGACUGGCUGCGACAGGCGCACGCAGCGCCGCCGGGCCGGUUCUCAGCGCGGGGCCCCACCGCGCCGCCGCGGGCUCCAAAGGGGUGGAAAAGGAGGAGGAGGAGGAGGAGGAGGAGGUGGUGGUGGUGGUGGAGGCGCCUACGCCGCCCAAGAAGAAGAAGAACAAGAAGAAGAACAAGGGCCGGGAGCCCACGCGGCGCAGCGGGCGCUUGUCGGGCACGCCGGCUGCGGAGGCUGCGGAGGCUUUGGGGGGUAGUAAGGCGAGUAGUAGUGACGUGCAGGGGCUGCGGAGGAGGAGUGGGAGGGUUGGUUCGAGCGGGGUUUAG